AGUGCCUUAAAUAAAAGCACUUUAGUAUGUAGUUCAUUAAUGAUAAGAUUUCCAAGUGAGCAGAGUAGGCUACAUAUUCCAGCUCAAGGUUCAAGACCCAGCAGUUGUCACAAAAAAAGCAGAAUGACGGACAAAGAAGAAUUACAGUUGACAGCUAUCUCAUAUGGAAAUGAACUGAGUGGGAUGGACAAUCCAGGAUUUGUAAAGGAGAAUAAAUUAGCAGAAGAGGCAGACCUGUGUGACAGUGAAAAAGAGGAGUCAGAGAAGGACUCAAAAUCAUGCCUAAGAAAAGCUUGCAUACCCAUCACGGCCACAGAGGCCUUCUUCAAGACUCACUCCAAAAUGAUCAAAUACAUUGCUUUUGUAAUACUUGCUGCAGGUUUUUUGGCAUACUUCAUUGCUGCAGUUUAUUUGAAUUUCCAGAGGGCAAUUGCUUUGGUUGUCCUCACUUGUUUGGGGGUGUUCAUCAUUGCGAGCGAACUAGUGAGCAAGUACAAGGGUGACAGCAUUAGAAAGUUCUUUAAGCCAGCUCAAAGUUGGUUUAAAUCCAAUAUGAGAUGGAUACAAUGGGUGUUCGUAUUUAUUGUGUUGGGACUACUGGUGGCAUGGUUGGCAAUAGACACACGAAAGCGUCCAGAACAGCUCAUCUCUUUUGCCGGUGUCUGUCUCUUUGUUAUUGCCCUAUUUCUCUUCUCUGCACACAGGACUGCGGUGAGAUGGAGGACAGUCUUCUGGGGACUUGGUUUACAGUUUGCCAUUGGCCUGUUUGUCAUUAGGACACAGCCAGGUCUCGUAGCCUUUGAAUGGCUCGGAAAGCAAGUUCAGAUAUUUUUGGACUACACAAAAGCUGGCUCUGUAUUUGUGUUUGGAAACCGCAUUGAAGGCAUAUUCGCAUUUCAGGCUCUGCCUAUAGUGGUUUUCUUCAGCAGUGUAAUGUCAGUCCUGUACUACUUGGGGGUCAUGCAGUGGAUUGUCAUGAAGAUUUCUUGGGUCAUGCAGAUAACAAUGGGAACCUCCCCUACAGAGACUCUCAGUGUGGCAGGAAAUAUAUUUGUUGGUCAGACAGAGGCACCCCUCCUGAUUCGUCCUUAUCUUAAAGAUAUGACGAAGUCUGAGAUUCAUGCUGUCGUGACUGGAGGAUUUGCCACCAUUGCUGGGAGUGUUAUGGGGGCUUUCAUCUCAUUUGGGAUUGAUGCAUCGUCUCUGAUUUCUGCAUCUGUGAUGGCUGCCCCAUGUGCCCUAUCUAUUUCCAAACUAUCCUACCCUGAAAAUGAACAGAGCAAGUUCACAUCUAAAGAUCAGAUUAAAGUUGACAGCGGUGGUGAACAGAAUGUCUUGGAAGCUGCCAGUAAUGGGGCAUCUGCAUCUAUCGGGCUUGUGGCCAACAUUGCUGCUAACUUAAUUGCUUUUCUCGCCAUUUUCAACUUCAUAAAUGCUGCUCUUAGCUGGAUGGGAGGCAUGGUUGGAUACCCAGAAGUCACUUUUGACUUGAUCUGCUCCUAUGUGUUUAUGCCGGUUGCCUUUAUGAUGGGAAUUCCAUACGAUGAGUCAUUUAUAGUGGCUGAGCUUAUUGGUACUAAACUCUUCCUUAAUGAGUUUAUAGCCUAUGAGAAGCUGUCAGAGCUCAAAAGCAACAGACUUAAUGGCAUUCUAGAGAAUGGUUCUGACAAAAAUUGGAUUUCAGUAAGUACUUAUGUGUCUCAUCAAAUUUCCCUUAAAUCUAUACUUUUUAUUUAUUUGUCAUUUAAAGACAUAAUUGGUCAACUGCAUAAUCUGAAGGUUGUUGUAAGCAUGCAAAUUUUGCAUUUUGUUUCAAAUGUUUCAGUUACUUUAUGUCACCAAAACUACUUGCAGGUUCGUUCAGAAAUCAUCUGCACCUAUGCCCUGUGUGGCUUCGCUAAUUUCGGUUCUCUUGGUAUUGUGAUUGGAGGCCUGUCCUCUAUUUGCCCAUCAAGGAAGGGUGAUAUAUCAGCUUUAGUGCUCAGAGCCUUGUUCACAGGCACAUGUGUUUCCUUGAUCAAUGCCUGUAUUGCUGGUAUCCUUUUUGUCCCUUCACUGGACUGUGUGAGUGUGUUUCAGAAUUCAGUCUUCAAUACCACUGUCCCCAACAUUGACACUUGCUGUUACGACCUUUUUGAUAGUACUAUCAACAAUGGGACUCUUUCAUUUGAGGAUCCUUGGAGUGAAGUGAAAAAUGCUACAAUUUAUUUUGCCAACUGUUGUGGUCUCUUCAAUGCACCUUUGUGCAUGUAGUUUGAACCAAAAGUAACAGUAUCAACUGUGCAAAAAAAACAAAACAAAAAAACACUCUCUACUUACUAUAAUGACAUUAUUCAUUAAAUUGGUACAUUUAAAAAUGUCCAGUGUAUACAUGUAUUUAUAUAUAUAAAUAUAUAAUUCUAUUUGGUCAUUUGCCAAUUCAUGCAUAAUUUCUUUAUAAAGAAAACCCAAUGUGUUAGAGUAAGAAAAAUAUGUGCAAUUUUAUGCUCUGUAAAUGCUGCAAAUUUCUUUUGAUUUAAUUGUUUUGUUCUGUCAUUUGUAAGUAGUAUAAUCAUUUGUGGAAAUACAUCCAAAACAUGGAAUUAAACAUUUUAUAAUCAA